AUGUUACAGAUAUUACCAAUACCAAGUAGUGAUGGUAGAACAAAAUAUGUUUGUCCAAUGUGUCAAGACCAUCUAGAUUCUAAUCAUGAUCUCACUGUACAUAUCAGAAUGCAUAAUUCUGGUAAUCACACCAGCCAAAAUAAUACCUGUACCAUUUGUAAUAAAAUACUGAGUUCUCAGAGUUCGUUAGAUAGACACAUGUUGGUACAUUCAGGUGAAAGACCAUUCAAAUGCAAGAUCUGUUCAAUGACAUUUACAACCAAUGGUAAUAUGCAUCGUCACUCACGAAUUCACCAGAAACAAAAUAAUGAUUUUAUGUGUAAAGAAUGUGGAAAAGCUUUCCCUUGUAAGAGUUCUCUCAUGCUACAUGCUGAUUCUCAUUUAGAAACUCACAAGAGAAUCCAUAUGGGACUAUCACCGUAUAAAUGUAGUAUGUGUAAUUACUCUAGUGCUGAUAAAAGUACCUUGAUACGUCAUUUUAGAACUCACAACGGAGAACGACCAUUUCAAUGUAUUAUUUGUGAUUAUGCUUUUACUACUAAAGCUAAUUGUGAAAGACAUAAAAGAAAUUCAUAUGCUGAUUCUCCACAUAAACUAGCAUGUCCUUAUUGUCCACGAUCCUUCCCGUGGGUUAGCUCUUUAAAUAGACAUCUAUUAACACAUACAGGUCAAAAGCCAUUUAAAUGUUCUCAGUGUCCAGUAACAUUUUCUACCAAAUCGAACAGAGAAAGACAUCUAAUCAGAAAACAUGUUUACUGUUCUCUAUGUCCUAAGAGAUUCUGGUCUCUUCAAGAUUUAAGAAGACAUAUGAGAUCUCAUACUGGUGAACGUCCAUUUGAGUGUGAUAUAUGCUUUAAGAGAUUUACAUUAAAACAUAGUAUGAUGAGACAUAGACGUAAACAUAGUAACCAACAAUCAGAUAUUGAUACAGAUAGUUUUUAUACAGAUGAUAUAGGUAACUUAUUUAUUUCAUACUUUAAUUCAUUGGAUAUUUAUGUUAGACUCAUUUAA